AUGCAGCUGGUAGAUAAGCUGCACUCGCAUGUGGACAUCCUCAUUACCGCCCCACGAGCGAACGCGUUAGAAGACGACUCCAUCCACAUCAUAAAGGAGUGGAAGAACCAAAAGUGGCGUAUCACGCCGGCAAUAACGCCAGUACCGACAUCUAUUUGGGCCAAGUAUGAUCGCAACGAGGACCCUACUAUCGUUGGCAAUAGAACGCCCGAGCCAACCGAGGCUAACGACAAGGUGAACGGCUUUAACGUGAUCAAAGACCGUAUACAAGACGUCUACGGCUAUAGCGAGAAGCGACCCAUCUUCCCUGAGUCCUACGCGCAUACCAAUGGGGCAUGGCUACCUCAGGGCCGCUCACGGGACUGGGUCAAGUUUGAACAGACUUGGGAGCGAAUGGGAGACGAGACGUCCAAGAAUGUCGCGGAUAUAUGGGCAAGGCGGCUAGGUUUUAACGAGGCGACCGUCAAGAAGGAUAACAAAGAGCCUCGCAAGUUCAGCCCGUUGACGGGUGCCGCGCCAAGGCAGCUUCUGAAGCGAUUCGACAAAAUUGUUCCAGCACUGCCGUUAAUUGCUGUCGGAUCUCGAGUGGAAAUAAUUGCUACUUUAAGGCUAAUAAACGCCUACGUAAUUGCCCCGACCGAAUCCGAGGCAUGUCGCACCAAGAACCAAGGUCCUCAGCCCACUGCUUCCAACGGCAUCGAGGCGGCAAGCGAGAAAGUCCAUCUUGCUUCGCACCCUACUUGUCAACACGAUGAAAUUAGCGGCUCUGCUGGGAACACUGAUCGAUUUGGGCUGGACACAAACUAUCGCGAGACUGUCCGAUAG